CAGCGCCCAGACCCCCAAACCACCCCCCCCCACCCCGGCGCAGGAGGGAGGCGGCCGGAGCAAGAUGGCGGCGAGAGUGCUGCUGCGGCGGAGCCUGGCGGGAGCCAGCGCCGUGCCGUGCCUCCCGCCCAGCGGCGGCCUGGCCCUCAGGGGGCUGGCAUCUUCAGCUAGCAGACCUCGUGAAGACAGUUGGUUAAAGUCGCUAUUUGUUCGCAAAGUCGAUCCAAGGAAAGAUGCUCACUCCAACCUUCUAGCCAAAAGAGAGACCAGCAGUCUGUAUAAACUACAGAUUCACAAUGUAAAACCAGAAUAUCUAGACGCCUACAACAAGCUUUGUCAAGAGGUGCUGCCAAAGAUUCAUGAAGAAAAACACUACCCAUGUGCACUGGUGGGGACUUGGAACACGUGGUACGGAGAGCAAGAUCAGGCUGUUCAUCUGUGGAGAUAUGAGGGAGGGUAUCCAGCUCUCAAUGAGGUCAUGAAUAAACUUCGUCAAAAUAAGGAAUUCACAGAGUUCCGCAAAGAAAGAGGUAACAUGCUCCUGUCCCGCAAGAACCAGUUGUUGUUGGAGUUUAGUUUCUGGAAUGAACCUGUUCCCAGAGCGGGGCCUAAUAUUUAUGAACUGAGAUCCUAUCAACUUAGACCUGGAACAAUGAUUGAGUGGGGAAAUUACUGGGCUCGUGCAAUUCGUUUCCGACAGGAUAAUAAUGAAGCAGUUGGAGGCUUUUUCUCACAAAUUGGACAGCUGUAUAUGGUUCAUCACCUCUGGGCUUACAAAGAUCUCCAAACCAGAGAAGAUAUAAGGAAUGCUGCAUGGCAUAAACCAGGCUGGGAUGAGCUAGUCUACUACACAGUGCCCCUUAUUCAGGAAAUGGAGUCCAGAAUCAUGAUACCAUUGAAGAUAUCUCCGCUUCAGUAAAGUCACUGAUUUACUUGUGCCUACAUAGAUAAAGUGACAAGUAUUUGUCUUAAAUUAAUUUAUGGUAUACAUUGUAUAUCAUAGUCUGAAAUAUAAAAGUACUGUAUUAAGCUUAUAAAAGAGACCUCUUUUCUUCAGAAUCUAAUGACUUUUUGCCCUUAGGAUUGUACCAAGAAAGCAAGAAAUACAGGACUGGAAUUAAGUGUUGGUUAAUUGAAAACAAGUACAAAGACAUACAUGAGUUCCUCUGUGAGACAGCUCCUCAGGUUAAGUAUGGCAUACAGUAUUUAAUAUCUUCUGUUACAUAGACAAUGCCCAGUGUUCACUAACAGCAACAGAGUUAAGUGUUACAGUUGUUGUGGCCUUUGUCUAGCAUUAUGUGACUGCAGAUUCUAAAAGCAAACGUGGAAGUUCUGAGACUUGAAGCUCUGAAGCCCUCGGGCAGCUCUGAAAUACACCUUCACUGUUCUAGCAGGCCUGAGUCAGUAAGUAGCUCUAAGUUUACCAAUAGGCAGUCAUGAACUGAGGAUAGUACUCUCUGCCAGGUGAUAGCUUAUGGACAGAGAACAGGGCAUUCUGUUUUGCCAGGGCUCUGAAGCCUGUUGACAAUAACCACAGCUUUGUGUAGAUCUCUACACCCGCAAUGAAUCUAGUGAAGUGUAACCCACGGUUUUCAAAGAGAUACUGGCCAGGCGUAGUUGUCUGAGUGUUCUGCAGGGAAUCAAGUUCAGUUAAACACAUUUGUCUCUGCAGCUAAGGUGGAAGUCUAGGAAAAGGGGUUUAAUUUAAUAAGCAAUCAUGACUUCAGACAUUUGCUUGGUCGGGUGUUUCACUAAGUGUACAGUAGGUACUUAACAAAUCGAUGUGUGAAACUGCCGCAUGUUGAGUCAAUAGGAUUGGCAUAUAGCGGUGUACCAUUAUGUCCAGUUCUAUUUUGGUUUCACUUUUAGACUAGAAUGUAUCAACCUUUUUGGUGUCUGCAAUGAUGUGAACAUCCUGUAAGUGAAAAUAAUAUUCUCUCUUUCAAGUGGCUGCAAGAAUCAGUGUAACUUACAGAAUGUACAAAUCAGUUACUCGAUGUCCAGUUUGUACAUUUCAAUGAGUUUUCAGGAAGAACAUACCAGUCAAUAAAAUCCUUUUACUUUUCA